AUGUGUUAUGAGGAUCAUUUGACUGCUUUACAUGCUGCCGCGGGUAAAGGUUAUACAAAAUUGGUUGAGCAUUUAAUCGAACUAGGAGCAGAUAUUAAUGCCACAACAUCAAUAAACGGAGAAACUGCACUAAUGUUUUCUUCACGUAAUGGCCAUUCUGAAACUGUGACUUUCCUACUGACAAAAAUGCCGAAACUCGAGGCAGUGAAUUAUUCAGGAUUUACGGCACUACAUUUAGCUACACGAUCAAGUUAUACUCCACAGCAAACGAAGGUGGAAAUUAUCAAAAUGUUAGUGGCAGCAGGGGCAAAUGUGGAUAACUAUAAACAAACAGCUUUAAUGUUUGCCAUUGAGGAUGUGGAUGUGGAUGUGGUUAACUAUCUAGUAGAAAAAAAUGCUAAUAUUGGUGCUACAGACUCAGAUGGAUGGACGGCAUUACAUUGGGCAGCUAAAACAGGAUAUCUUCCAAUAACAGAAAAACUGUUGACAGCAGGAGCAAAUGUGGAUGCAACUACUCACAAAGGAACAACAGCAUUGAUGUUCGCCACUAGUGAAGGGCAUAUUGAGGUAGUAGAAUUCUUACUACAAAAAAAUGCUGAUAUUGGUGCUGCAGACUCAGAUGGAUGGACGGCAUUACAUUGGGCAGCUAAAACAGGAUAUCUUCCAAUAACAGAAAAACUGUUGACAGCAGGAGCAAAUGUGGAUGCAACUACUCACAAAGGAACAACAGCAUUGAUGUUCGCCACUAGUGAAGGGCAUAUUGAGGUAGUAGAAUUCUUACUACAAAAAAAUGCUGAUAUUGGUGCUGCAGACUCUGAUGGAUGGACGGCAUUACAUUGGGCAGCUAAAACAGGAUAUCUUCCAAUAACAGAAAAACUGUUGACAGCAGGAGCAAAUGUGGAUGCAACUACUCACAAAGGAACAACAGCAUUGAUGUUCGCCACUAGUGAAGGGCAUAUUGAGGUAGUAGAAUUCUUACUACAAAAAAAUGCUGAUAUUGGUGCUGCAGACUCUGAUGGAUGGACGGCAUUACAUUGGGCAGCUAAAACAGGAUAUCUUCCAAUAACCGAAAAACUGUUGACAGCAGGAGCAAAUGUGGAUGCAACUACUCACGAAGGAACAACAGCAUUGACGUUUGCCACUUGGAAAGGGCAUAUUGAGACUCUGAUGGAUGGACGGCAUUACAUUGGGCAGCUAAAACAGGAUAUCUUCCAAUAA